CUCUAUAAGCAGUACAAUGCGGAGAGCCUUAGUAAAUAUUUGUGUUUCGCUUGGUUAUGAGUAUAGAUGUUACUUAGUGAAAAAGAAUUAAACCAUAGUGUUCGUAUAUUUCAAAAAUGAACUUCAAAUUCAGAUGGCGGAAGUGACUUACUGUCUUCGUGAGGCACAACUGAGAGAAGAAUGUCAAAAGAAGUCCAACGAGUAAGGCAAGAAGAGGUUCGUCCUUCUGUGCCCCUGGCCGAUCCUGUCGAUUCAAAAAAAGUUCUAGACGAGAGCAUCUCUCGGGACAGACAAGGACGUACGCCUCUCCACUAUGCUGCAGAUCAAGGGUUUGCAGAAAAUACAAGAAAAUGGCUUAAAAGAGGCUUAAAUGCCAAUCUCUCGGAUGUCUAUGGUUCGACGCCUCUUCAUCUGGCGGCGGACAAAGGACACCGUGAAUGUGCGAAGAUCUUGCUGCAGAAUGGAGCUCAAGUCGACUCACAAAAUGAUCACGGUCAGACGCCUCUCCUCAAAGCCAGUUUGAAUGAUGACCUUCCUAUUGUUAAGCUCCUACUUAACCAUGGUGCUGACCCGAACAUCCCGGACUCUACAGGUGGAACGCCGCUUCACGUUGCAGCGAAGGAAAAUUAUGUAGACGUUUUGCUUUAUUUACUUCGAAGAAGAGGUAAACCAAACAUCACGACGAAGAUGGGCUGCACCCCUCUCCACAUGGCGGCAAUGAUGGGUCAUCUCCAUGCAGUACAGCUUCUCAUUCAACAUAAAGCUCAGGUUAACAUUGUUGACCAGAAAGGUCAGACGCCUCUCCUCCAGGCGGUCUUAGAAGACCAUUACUUCAUAGUGGAGCGCUUGCUACGGGGAGGAGCGAAUCCCGAUAUAGCAGAGAGAUCAGGCGAUACACCUCUUCAUGCUGCAGCUGAAAGGGAGUUUAAAAUUAUUUUUCAUCUGUUGAUAAACGGCGAUGCUGAUCCACGCAUCUGUAAUAAUAAAGGAAGGACGCCUCUACACACAGCAGCCAAAGUGGGAUUUGCCAGCGCAGUGAAAGCCAUAACCAGGUGCGGUGCCGAUCUGAAUGUCUUUGACAAUAAAGGUUGGUCUUCGCUACAUUUAGCAGCGUGGAAGGGACAUGCUAAAGUUGCUGAAUAUUUAAAGUCGUCGGGAGCUUCUAUUGACAUUAAGAACAAAGAAGGCUGGACUCCCCUCCAUAUGGCUUGUAUGCUUGGACAUGUGAAAACUGUCGACAUAUUGGCGAAAGAAGCUAAUGUAAACUCACAGAAUGAAAAAGGUUGCACGCCUCUGGACUUUGCCUAUUUAUACUCUCACUUUCCUGUAAUAAAGAAAUUGGAAGCCCUCGGAGCCAGGCGAAACACCCCUGAUUUCGGUGCGAGAGGGCCUUGGAAAAAAAUAGAGACUCAAGCAAUUGGAGUCUUUGGUAUCUUAGACGCCGUCCGUUGGCUCACACAUCAUUAUAAACAUGACGAUAAGGAGAACGAUGUGAAAUUCCUUCUUGCCGCACUCGAGGGGGACAUAAAAGUGGUAAAGGAAAUGAUCCAAGAUGAUGUGUGCGAUGUUAAUGUUACGGGCAAAAAUGGCAUCACGGCCCUUCACUGCGCAGCUUUCAGUGGUAAAAUGGCCGUAAUAAGCGAGCUGUUAAAUGCCGGAGCAGAUCUUCAGGCUCUGACGGAACAAGGCGUCUCUGUCCUUCACUGUGCAUGCCUGACUGGUCGGAUCAUUACGGCACAGAUGUUGGUGCAACAUCAUAAUGCAGACAAAGAAACAUGCGACAGAGCUGGCUUUUCCCCCGAAGACUACGCAAAACUCCGCGGUCACCAUCAUAUAGUGAGCUGUAUCUACAAGACUUCCAAUGAUUCUAACCAACGUCGCCCUGUGCAAGAGUACAUGGCCAUUAGUAAGGAACUCUACAGAAGUGUUUUGGAAGUUCAUAAGCAGAUAGCCGAUGGUCCCCUAGAAGAGCUGAAGCUUUUGUUGGAGUGUGGUGCCUGUGACCCAAACCUUCAGGACAAGCAGGGCAAGACACUACUCCAUCUGGCCACACAGAAAGGCAAUUUUGAGAUAAUCAAGUUUUUACUUGAACAUGGCACACUACCCACCGCCCGCACGCACAUAUUCCAAACGGCUAGAUUCAUCGCAGAGUUGGAGGACUUAAAAAAAAUAGUUUCACUUUUGUUAAGCUACGAAAGACUAAAUGACAUGAGCACCCGACAAAAGUGUCUGCUUAACACAAAGUUGUUAGGCCUCAUCACUGCAACUCGGAGCUGGCAAGAUACACACGAGGAGAGAAUCUUAGAAGCUGUCAAACAAUGCACAUCCCUUCUGCUGUCUGGAGCUCCUCUAGAACCCCUCUGCUGUCACAGUGUCAGCGCCAUUAACCUUGCCAUAAGUACCAACUGUACACCGCUUAUACCUCUUCUGUUGGCCACUGGGAACUCACUCACAUCAGCAGCCAACAGUGUUUCUCUGCUCCAGCUUGCUUGGAGUUCAGAAGACAUCACACCCUGGGUUGGGGUGGUCAUAACCGAAGUAAUAUUUAGGACUAUUGUCAAUCAGCUAAACACCGAGAUAAAUUAUGUAUCAUCGGAGGCGCUGGACAACAUCCUGAAGAAACCCAUAGAAGAUUUAGUGGUAAUCUUGCAAGGCGAUUUUCCUUGGAAGGCAAAAUUUCCAGACCUCCCCUUGGCAGACCAAGACCUGCUGGAUUCCCUGUUAUGCCAAGCUUGCAAGAGGGGUGCCACGAUGGCCGCUUGGUGGAUAUGGCAGCGAGGUGGCACUAUGAUCCCACUGUCCAUUUCAAGUGUUAUGCCCUUACAUGCUGCUGCUAGGGCUCAGCAAUGGCAUACUGUAGAAGCUCUUGUCAGACACAUGGGGGCGAGUCUGUUUUUACCAGAUAAUGAAGGUUAUACUUCCUUAGAGAACAUACCCGCCAAACUCAAGAAGACGCUGCUAGAGGAUUCCUUGGCACAAGAACACAACAUUCUGAGUCAGGUCUUUAUAAAGACACGAGAAACCUCCGAUCAACGAGAACUACAGCAGCUGAUCCUCUUCCACCACGUGCUUGCUUCAGAAUAUGAGCAUAAACAAACAGACAAAGUGAAUGACUCACGCUGGAGGGUAGUGCUGGCAUGGUUGAUAUCUGCCCUUACAAUCCCAGUAGACAAGACCUCUUGGGUCUCUCAUUUGUGUUGGACUUUACGGAAUAGUCUUGAAUUGAAAGAUGACGUCAGUUUGUCUCAGGUGAUGCAGAGGGAUAGAAACCAUGAGUGUGACUAUUCUUCACUGACUGAAAUGACUGCCUGUCUGUAUUCUUAUUAUAAUCUUUACAUGGGGGAAAAGAAAGCAAGCUCAUUAGGAAAGAUAUCUGAUGCUCUGUUAUCCGAUAUUCAGCGAAGAGCACUUAAAACAUGUUGUGAAAGGAGACUUCCUUUCUUCCUUCACCUGUUAGUAACAAUAGCUAAUGUUUCUGUCAAUGACAUAGUUGACCCGGAUUAUGGUCUCUUACCCUUGCACCUUGCUGCCCGUAAAAAUAAUAGGUCAGCCUUAAUGUAUCUUCUCACACAUAAUGCCUUUCUUAGCCCUGAUAUUUUUGGAAAUACUUUCAUUCAUUAUGCUUAUAUGCAUGGACACUAUGACAUUGGUGAUAUGAUAAGCCUUUCAUUUUAUAAUAAGAGCGGCAAACAACCUGAUGACUUGAAAAGCGCUUUCUCCACCUAUGUGGAGAAUUAUCAUGUGAAUACAAAAGACAGUAACAUAGAACUCCAGAAAAACACUAGCAGCUCGCAGGUAAUUCAAGUUCAUCUUAAUCGUCUACAAAAGGAGUGGGAAGAAAAGGGAUUUGAAAAAUCUGUAAGAGAAAUCUGUGUGGAUUAUUCGAAGGGAGAAUCAGCAAAGAUCCAUGAACUUGUGACCAGCCUUGUAGGGAGACUGAUGGCAGAAGUGGCUGCAGUUGCGCCGAUAUUUGAAGGUGAGCUGCUCAUGCUGGGAAGCUCAGCCGACAACACUCGGCUUUAUUGCCCUGAUGAAUUUGACUGCAACAUUUUGCUGAAAAAUAUCAGUGGACACCCAGGCAGGGAGGUACAGUUGACUUUGGAAACACAGAAAGUGGAUCAUGAAGGAUGCAGCACAUCUAUUCAACUAUCUUCAAACCAAGACAACAUCAAGCCUCUCUUAGAAGGAUCUCUUUUUCUAACCAAGUUCUACAAUGUGAUAAAACGGUGCUUGCUAAAGUGUGACAUGGGAGACCGACGACUUACCAUUGCCUACCCUGGGGUGAAGAGAACAAGGGUAGGUGUGGGACUGAGACUGCUGUGGCUAGGCGAGGAGUUUAAGAUCUUACACUUAGAUAUAGAUAUUGUUCCUACUGUGGAAGCACCUUGGCCUGACCAAUUUCCUAAACCUAACAUCGCAUCGCCAUUCCUGAACAAUGUCUACAUCAACAGCACAGGCGAUGGAAAAUGGCGAUUCUCCUUUGCACGUGCUGAGAAUUUCAUCAUGAAAAACCUAACGCCUGAGCAACAGACAACUUUUCUGGCUUGUAAAAUGAUCAUGACUCGCCUGAAACUGGAAGAAUGGGUGCCCAAAGAAGCCAGGGAUGAAUACAAGUAUUUUGACAGCAAAUUUUUCAGGAUCCCAACUCCCAGAGGCUUCCUGUUAAAAAAUUCCUUUUUCUUUGAGCUCGAAAUGGCGAGGGAUCAUAGCCUGUGGACCAAAGAUAAAAUAAAAGAUAGAAUGAAAUCAAUCUUCAAGAGGAUGUGCACGGAGUUCACUCAUCCUACCACUGGAGAAAUAACCCUGGAGCCUGGGAAGGUGGAAGCUUACUUUGGCAAAAGUACUCAGACCUCGGAAUGUGGUUACGGAGCGCCAGAUAUAUACUGCUUCCUUGAUGCAUUGCCAGCUUUGUAGCUUACUUUCUUCAAGAGCAGUCUGAUGUAAAUGAAGACUUUAGUAAUGUAAAUAAUAACAAAGAUAAUACUAACUGUACUAAUGAGAAGCCAGUAAUAUUGAUGAUGUCAGUGUAUAUAGCAAAUCAAAACUUAUGUAGAAUAUAUUGAUAAUAAAGACAAUAAA